UUUUCUCUUCAAGAUCCUUGUGGAUUCGCGUUGGAAGUGUUUGAAGUCUCAGGCGCUCUUUCUGCGAUAGCUUUGCUGAACAAACGGUUCAAUUUCCUCCAUUUGCGCUUCUUCUUACUCCAUUUUGUUGAUCGGGCUCCAAACAUCCCCGCCAAUCCAGCGCGCGCUUUUCACCCAGCUCACAGCCCAACGUUGAUUUUGUGACCUUCCUUCCCAAGUAACAGAUCAUAAUGGCAUCUGAGGCUCCCGAUGCUGGUUCCCUUGCGGAUCGCAUCUCCAAACCCGAAGAAUCGAAGCCUGCAGAGAACACCGAGAAGACCGGUGACAAUGAACAGACUGACGGUGCCGCCACGCAGCUGGGUGGCUCGGACCUCCACGAGCCUGAAUACACCGUUGAGGUCAAACUCAGUGAUCUCCAGGCUGAUCCUAACAACCCUUUGUUUUCGGUAAAAACAUUUGAAGAGCUUGGAUUGGAUCCACGUAUCCUGAAGGGACUGUCCGCGAUGAACUUCCGCAAACCAUCCAAGAUUCAAGAGCGAGCUCUACCCCUCCUGUUGAACAACCCCCCCAAGAACUUGGUCGGUCAAUCCCAGUCCGGCACUGGCAAGACCGCUGCCUUUGUUCUGAACGUCCUCAGCCGCUUGGACCUUAGCACUGAAGAGGCUCAGAAAGCACCUCAAGCCCUGAUUCUAGCCCCUACACGAGAAUUGGCGCGCCAGAUCGUUGGUGUUAUACAGGUGAUGGGUCAGUUCCUUGAUGGACUUGUCAUUGGCACUGCUGUCCCAGCGGAUUCAAAUGCUCGCCCUACGAAAUUGCAGUGCUCGGUUGUUGUUGGUACUCCUGGAACAGUAACGGAGAUGAUCAAAAAGCGCGUUAUGAUCGCAAAUAGACUUAAGGUGCUGGUGCUUGAUGAGGCAGACAAUAUGCUUGACCAGCAGGGCCUGGGUGAUCAGUGCAUUCGUGUUAAGGCUCUAUUACCGAAGGAUAUCCAAGUAGUCCUCUUCUCCGCGACUUUCCCUACCCACGUCCAUCGAUAUGCCUCGAAAUUCGCACCAUCCGCCAACGAACUUACUCUUCAGCACGAGGAGCUGACAGUGGAAGGAAUUAAGCAACUAUAUGUCGAUUGCGCAGAUGAAGAGGACAAGUUUAGAACACUGGUCCAGCUCUACGGUUUACUCACCGUCGGGUCUUCCAUCAUCUUCGUCAAGACACGUGCAUCUGCCGUCGAAAUUGAGAAGCGGAUGGUCGGUGAAGGACACACUGUUGCAUCCUUGACCGGUGGUGUUGAGGGCUCCCAGCGCGACGCCGUCAUUGACCAGUUCCGUGAGGGUCAGGCCAAGGUUUUGAUCACAACUAAUGUCCUUGCACGUGGUAUCGACGUUUCCACCGUCUCGAUGGUCAUCAACUACGAUAUUCCCGAGAUUCACCAGCGCGGUGGCCUUGAGAGACAGGCAGAUUUCCAAACGUAUCUACACCGUAUUGGUCGUACGGGACGUUUUGGUCGUGUUGGUGUUUCGAUUUCAUUUGUCUCAAAUCGCGAUGAGUGGAACAUGCUCAACCAGAUCCAGAAAUACUUCAACACAAACAUUCAGCGUAUUGACACAGGGGACUGGGACGAAGUUGAAGAUAUUAUCAAGAAGACGAUCAAGAAUCCUCGAUCUCAAGCUAAUUUCGGACGAUGAAAUGACAGAAGGGAGAGAAGUGUGCCAACAGGACCCUUUCCUUCUGUGACCGAAGUAAUACAUUUUCAAAAGUCGACACUAUUUUCAAGCAGUCAGUUUGGAAAGGGGAGGGCGUUGGCAGCAAGAAUAGCUUGGAAUAGGUUGAUUUAAAUGAUGGUUGCAGGAUGGGUUAUGUGUGAAGAGUCAUGACACGUUCCUAAAUAUGAUUAAAAGUGAAAGAAAUAUCUAAUAGAUACCACUUGUUAUGCACAAAUAUGUUAUGAAUUUUUUUUUUGUCCGA